AUGACAACAUUCAUCCUAUUCAUUGGUUUAUUCUGUUUAGCAGAAGCUCAAUCCUUUAAUUCGAAUCAGUGGUCGAAUCCGAGUAUGAACAGGUUCUACAACCCGCAAAACAAUCAAAACAAUCAAAACAAUCAAAGGGGCACAAAUGUGAGCCAAUUGAUUGUUGGGAGUCUGAUGCCGAUCGCAAAUGGUUUUGAUUUUGUUGGCUCUAGCUCGAUUAUUACUGACAAUGGCCAAUUGUUCAUUGUUGAUACGCCAAAUUCUGGAGACACCAAGAAUUUGAAUGUUAUGAUGCAAGGUCUCCAAAGUCGAGGCAUUCAGCCAUCACAAAUCAAUUACUUGAUCACCACACAUGGUCAUCCCGAUCAUUUCGGACAAGGGCAUCUUUUCACAAAUGCCAAGAAUCUAAUGGGUGGAUUCGAGAUUGCCGGAUCGGCUUUUACAACAACCCCUUUGCGACAAGAUAAAGACGCCUAUAAUUUGACACCGAAUAUCGAACUUUGGAACACGCCAGGGCACACAGCGCAAGAUGUUUCUCUCAUUGCUCACAAUACAGUUUGUUGCGGAACAGUGGCUGUUGUUGGUGAUCUCAUUCUCAGCGAUCAAGACGUGUUAAACUCGACUUUGUCCAUGUCUUUUGCUCAGGAACCGGUGAUAGCCAAAAUGAAUCGAAAUCGAGUGAUCUGUGCCUCUGAUUACAUCGUGCCGGGACAUGGGCCAAUGUUUAGAGUCACCGAUCAGAUGAGGCAAAUCGCUCAAUGCCAAGGAAGACUCUCUACUGAUGGU